ACAUUAUCUAUCCAUCAUAAUGCACUGCCAGUCAUGGUGGAUAGGACACUUUGUACAUGGAGGUUUUUGACUGUACGGGCUAAAUAAUAACCCUGAACAGGAGUUAAGGAUUUCACAUAUUAUUAUUGACAUCUGCUCGGUGUUUUUUAUAUUUUUGCCUGGUUUGAUCUAUAUUACUCUUCUUUACGUAUCGGGCCGUAAGAAACCUGGUGUUUAUCGCACAGAUGUGGAUCUUGUAGCUGCUCCGGAAUUCAUCACAAGACCAUCAUCAUCUUCAUCACCAGAUUUUUCCAGGGGGGUUUGGAUAUCAGAACAGACACCUGUCGGAUGACAUGCACCCUGAGCAGACCAUGAUCUGAAGGCCCUACCAGGAGGCCACACACUUUCUUUCUUCCUUCCCUCCUUCCUUUUUUUUUUAUCAGUGGAGGAAGACGGGUGAGCCCAGCUGCCUCAGACAGGUGGCAUACGGAGAGAGAGAGAGAGACUCUCUCACACACACAUCUUUAUACACAGAGGCGACUAGUCGCUGUUUGUGCUCCUGUAACUGCCUCAAGAAGUUUUAACCUCUGACCUCACCACACCCCCAACCUUGCCCCCACCCCUGUUCGGCCAAUCACAGCAGCCAUGGGGAGGAAAAAGAUCCAGAUUCAGCGAAUUACAGACGAGCGUAACAGACAGGUGACCUUCACCAAACGGAAGUUUGGUCUGAUGAAGAAAGCCUAUGAGCUCAGUGUGUUGUGUGACUGCGAGAUUGCCCUCAUUAUUUUCAAUCACUCAAACAAGCUCUUCCAGUAUGCCAGCACUGACAUGGACAAAGUGCUCCUCAAAUACACCGAGUACAAUGAGCCGCACGAAAGCAGGACCAAUGCAGACAUCAUCGAGGCUCUGAACAAGAAAGAGCACCGUGAUUCGGAGAGCCCGGACCCCGAGGAGCCGUUCUCCCUCACGCCUCGCACAGAGGAGAAGUACAAAAAGAUAGACGAGGAGUUUGAUAAAAUGAUGCAGAGCUAUAGGCUUUCAUCCACAGUGCCACCACCCACUUUCUCCAUGCCAGUCACAGUGCCGGUGUCCAAUCAGAGCCCUCUGCCAUUCAGCAAUCCCAGCAGCCUCGUCACCACUUCUUUCGUCACCUCCACUCUCACAGACCCGCGCCUGCUGUCGCCACAGCAACCGCAGCUCCAGAGGAACACGGUGUCUCCAGGCCUGCCACAGCGACCUGCAAGUGCAGGUGCCCUUCUGGGAGGUGACCUCAACAAUUCAAACGGAGCGUGCCCAAGCCCUGUGGCCAAUGGUUACGUCAGUGCCAGGGCCUCCCCAGGACUCCUCUCAGUCUCCAACGGCAACAGCAUGGGGAAAGUAGUCCCGGCUAAAUCUCCCCCUCCGCCCAGCACUCAGAUGGUGAACAGUCGCAAACCGGACCUACGGGUCAUCACCUCCCAGAGCAGCAAGGGCCUCAUGCAGCUGACAGAUGAAGAGCUGGAGUUGGUGAGUGAGGCUUUCCAGAACGCUCAGCGGUUAGGCGCCUCUCAAGUGACCCAGCCUCUUACCACACCAGUGGUUUCCGUGGCAACGCCGAGCCUCCUGACUCCAUUCUCCAUGCCAACCGCCUACAACACAGAGUACCAGCUAACAAGUGCAGAUCUCACAGCCCUCCAGGCCUUUACGCCAUCGGGUGCACUGUUGCCAAGCAACAUGACCACUUGGCAACAGCAGCAGCCAUCUGUAUCCCAGCAACAACAGCAGCAGCCAUCCGUAUCCCAGCAACAGCCUCAGCAGCAGCAACAACAGCAGCAGCAACAACAGCAGCAGCAACAACCACAGCAGCUAACUUUGGCCUCCCUCAGUAAUCUUGUCAUGUGGGGCUCAGACAAACAGAACGGAGAGAUGGCUCACUGCAUCUCUGGUCUGGCUGCUAAUCUCAGUGUGACAUCUCAGGGCAGCUUACUCUUGGGCAGGGAGGAAGGGAUCAGCUGGCCCGUGGGAACGAUCCCUCAUGGAGCCACUCUGACGGUUAACACUAACCCCAAUGUCAGCAUCAAAUCCGAGCCAGUGUCUCCUAACCGGGAUCGCAGCACCCCUAGUUCAACCGCCGGGGCAGCGGGUGGCAUAUCGGGUCUGACCGUGACCCAGUAUCCAGCGACGCUGCGUUUGGAGCCCACCGGCCGCUCUCCAGGCGACAGCAUCAGCAGUAAUGGCAGCUCUUAUGAGGGAAGCGACAGAGACGACGGUGGGCAGACGCGCCCUCCCGAUUUCAACUCGGCCGGCCUGGGUCUCCUCCGAGCUUCCGGAGAGCAACAGUCACAAGCGGAGCAGCAGGAGUCAGCCAAUGUGAAACGCAUGAGACUGGACACCUGGGUCACAUAAACGCUGAAGGAGAGAGCGAGGGAGCUGCUCUCUCACCCGCACAUACACACACACCGACAUAAACACACCCCUAGUGGCACCUGCUUUCAGCAGCCAAUCUCAGUCCGCACUUAGACACAUGCAUGCGCCUGUCUCUCUGUCUCUCUCUCUUCUUUCUGUCUCUCUCACUCUUGUGUCACUUUCAGACACACUCAUAUUUACUGGUGUGUGUAUAUAUUUAUAUAAAAUAUGCAUAUAUGAUCACACACGCACUAGAUCUUCACACACACAGUUGCCAAUCCAGGUGUAAACGUGUUCACGUAUACGAGACUGAAGAGAUGUACAAGGCGGAAGGGCUUUUGGUCGCAUCUCUGAUAUCCCUCGCUCCUGCUCAGAGAGGCCGUCCGGAUCUCAGAUCAACUUUUACAGGCCUUACCGUCGACCUGAUCAGAGUUCAGCGGCACUGCUCUGUCAAAACAGCAUAACAACUGCUUGUUAUGUUGCAUAGACAAGCCUGUCAAUCUCUUUUUUUGUAUCUAUUUCUCUUUUGUUUUGUUUUGUUUUUGUAUGAAUGGUUGCAUUUGCCAUUUUCUUCUCGACUGACUCUUUCCCUCUUGCUUUUCCUGUUUUUUUUGACUAUCUGCUUGAGCAGCUGCCUUUAGAAUCGCCCCCGUUCCUUUUGUAACAACUUUAACGUAGAAUCUUUAUCUUUGUUUUUCUAACUGUGCAAAAACUAGCAUAGUGUGUUUGUGUGUCAGCUGUGAGACGGAGGUGCUCAUUCAUUCAAUCGCUAAACACAAUUCAGCCAAAAAACAACUCGAUCAUAUUCGUUCACCAUCUUUCGUUGUAACAAUUCGUAACCUCGCACCAGUCCCCUCGCUAGAUGCGUGUGUCUAUCGGCGGAGCUCGAAGCACGCCGCUCCGCGUCCUCAAUUUUCUGCGUACGCGUGGACCGUAAACAUAGCGUCGUUGAUUGAAAUGUACUAAUGAGAUCCAGGCGUGCAGGAAACACAGACAUGUUCGUAUCAGCCUGCAGUGUGUGGCUGCGUUUACGAGAGCAGCGGUCUGCCACAUUAUGCUAUAUUUAUUGUUUUUGUCUGGCUGUGUAAUUCAGAGAUUAAUUAGUUAACUUUAUGGGACGGGUAUGCUUAAUUAUUGUUUGUAAGAUUCCAUGAAAAAUAAAAAGUGGUCAAAAAAGUCUGAGUUGUUUAACUCAGGAUGCCGGGUUUUUAGAUGUUUCAGAUCAUGUAUAUACAAAAUUUCUCAGUGUUUCAGUACAGGUUUAUGUAUAGCAAAAAAAGUUGGUGGCAAACACACAUCUCAGCUAGGUCUUUUUAGCUAAGAAAGAGAUGGAGGUUGUGUAGCGUUGUGUGUGUGUGUGUGAGAGAGAGAAGCGUUAAGAUUGUACAUAGCGAUGUAUGUUCACAUAUAUUCUGCUGGGUCUUUCUGAAACAGCGCUGUAAUCUCAGUGGAACCGUCUCUGUCAACCUCUACCUGUAAAUAAACUGUACCGUGUUGUAAGUUAUCAAGGUGGAGAGGCAGAUGAAGGAGGAUUUGACUGUUUUUAAGCGUGACUCUUUUUCUGUCGUUUUUAUCCUGAUGGCGUGCACUUUAAAAUCGCUCCCCCUUAUCCGCUCGCACACCUUCAGACACACAAGUGAGGAAUUUCUCCUUCCUCGCAUUAUCAUUUAUACGAUCAGCCCACUUACGCCUCUAUCUCCCAACAGAGCGAUUCCCUGACGGCUUGGAAGGGAAUACAACCUCCUUUCACUUAUAAGACAUUUAAAAGCAUUCAGGGAAGGACGUUUAGUUUUUGUUGUUUUUUUGGCUUAUAUUGCACUUCACGUGUUUAACCGUGAACAAUAAUAGAAGAAAAAUGUCACGUUUUGUAAAAAGAAAAAAAAGACAACAAAUAAAAAAGAAAGAAUGUUGUACUGAAAUCUAGAUUAGGCUUUACACGUGUUGCAGAUGUGACAAUUAUGUACACAAAUUGUUUUCUGUGCAUUAGUGUAUUCUUUAAGUGACAAAGAUGAAGGAUGUUUCCGUGACGAGUUUAAAAAUUUACGACAGAUUCAGUGACGACAAACUUAGAAGGGAAAAGGGGUUCAAAAUGAUUUCAAAUAUGUUGUAUUCCCCUCUAAAACUAUGACUUUUAAGUGUUAGUAAGAUUAAGGUGAGACUCACCUGUCCGUCAUCGGCUUCUCUACCUCUCCUUCCAUCCUCUCGUAUCUUCUCUUUCUCUCCUUUUCUUCACUCCUUCACUCACAGAGGAAGACAGAAGCCAUUUCAUUUCACCUCAACAGGUGGCCCACCUUUUGUUAAACCAGAUUCCACACACACACACACUCAUUCACAAACACACAUAUGAUGGAUGCAGUACCGGGAAGCGGUGAGAGUAAGCGUUCGUUCGGACUCAUCACAGACCUGCGUUCGUAUCCCUUCAACUGAGGUUCUAGAGCUACUGGGCGGAUGUUUUCUAGAACUGCAUCAUAGCAGAGUGAGGCCUCUGCAGCGCACCUGUUGACUUAAAGACUGUUGUGUCCUGAGCUUUGAACAAAUGCAGUGAAUUCUAUGUACGUUUAUAAGGUGACGGCCUGAUACUCGAGGCUGACGCGCCUGGGAUGGUCCGGCACAUCGAAGCGCUGGCUUGUGUUGCUUUUAAGGCUAAGACGAUGUUCGAAAAGCUCUCGUGGAGACCUCGUGAUAAAAUUAGGAAUCUGAGUAAUCAAAGAAAAGACAAUCGUCCGGUGAAUAGUUCACUUUGGCCCCCGUAUUCCCUUUGUAUGAUGUCUAGAGAUUCUCACACACUUUUUCUCGUGUUAAUUUGUGCUGGUGACAGUUUUAUUGUCUGUUUUUAAUAUAAUUGUUAUGAUGAUUAUCAUUACCAUUAUGAUUAUCUUCACAGAUGGUAAUAAUAAUGAUAAAUUUAGAGAGACGGUUUUUAUUUUUGUUUGUUUGUUUUUUUGUGUAGGUUAGGCAUCCUAUUUUAUUUUAAUUUGACUUUAUUUUAUUAUAUAUGAAUAUUAUAUAAAUAUAUUUUCGUUUUCAUUUUUUGUUGUUUUCUUUUCCUUUUUUUUUUUUUUUUUUUUUUGUUCUUCAAAGGGGUGUUACUAAUAUUGCACGAUUUAUUAAGUAAAACAAAACCGUUGUAGUAAUAUUAGUACUUAUUGCUAAUUGAGGGAAGCGAUAAAACAGGUUCGAUAGAAUGACCAGUUCAAUGCUGCAAUUUUUAGUCAAUUGUACAAUAGUAUCUACACAUAGUUAAGGUGGGACAUCCACACAUUUAAUUUAUUCUGAUCAGACACAAUGCAUGGGCGUCAGACAAGCAAAGAAUGAGUCAUAUUAUAAAUAAACUGAAAUGUAAUUUCAAUAAGAAUAUACAACACACAAAACUAGAAUAGAAAUUGAAGAAAAAAGUUUAAAAAAGAAAAAUUAUAGCUAAUAUAUUGUGUUCGGCUAGUCUGCUUUGAGUUUUGUUGUAAAAAAAAAAAGACAAAAAAGAAAAAAAUUCUGUUGUUUUCGGAGAAUGAUAUACAAUUUGUGUAUAUUUUCAUAAACAAAGUAUGCACUGAUAUGUUAUUACAAAUUCUAUACUGCUUUUACAAAAGAGUGUUUGUUAUUGUACCAAAGUAUCCAUUGUCCUUUAUGACCCUCCCCUUUUGCGUAUGUUUUAUUGUAUUUUAUAUAUUAAAUAGACAAGUUGACCUACACACAA